AUGCGCAUUGGCGGCGUCUGCGAGUCCGUGGCCGACCCUCUCCCGAUGAGGCUCAUCGAUCAAUUCGAGCAGCAGCUACGCACCAACUUGGGAAAGCAUGUCCGCCUGCCGAACGAUCUGCGGCAGCUGUACCGCUUCUGCAAUGGGCUCCAAAACGAAGAGGACAACUUCACCGUGUGCCCGCUCGUUGACGUCGGCGACGGUCGAGGAGGGCCGAUGACGCACGCGGACAUCUUCGGACCCGGCCACUGCGGGUGGCUGGACAUGGCCGAGGACCCGGCGUGGAUCCCUUUCGCCACCGGCUCGAUGGAGGAGGAGCACGAGAUCUUCAUGGUCAACGCCAACCUCGACUCCGAGAGCUACGGCCAUGUGAUGUUGCUCAUCCGGGACUGCUUCGACGAUGGCGAACGCGUUGAAGCCCGCAGCAUCUACAGCAUGAUGUCCAAGCGCUGGCGAAACGUUUGUUGA